AUGCAGUCUGCUUCUCGCGAGCCUACUUUUGAUGAGAUCGAGCAGUUCCUGAAAACUCGCACCCAAGCCCAGAUCAUGCAGCUGGUUCAGAACUUCGAUGACCCAGUGCAGCGUGCCCAUUUCGUAUCGACAUUUCUCAAUGCGCCCCGGAUCAAUGUCAAGUCAAAGGCUUCUUCAAAGCAUGCCAAGGAGUCAGAGGCCAUCAAGGCUAAGAAAGCUCUCAAUGCCUUCGUCGCUUUCAGAUGCUUUUACAUUCACUGCCUUGGCUUUAAGCCCUGGCCCAUGAAGAAGCUGUCCAACUCGCUGGGCAAGAUGUGGGAAUUAGACCUGAACAAGCCUCUCUGGUCGAUGAUGGCAAAGGCCUGGUCCCUCAUUCGUGACCAGAUCGGCAAGGACAAUGCAUCGCUUACCGAGUUUCUGAACAUUGUUUGCCCCUACCUGAACAUCCCUCCAUGCAAGGACUAUCUCGAUCUCUUCCAGUGGGAGGUCAAUAUCUCGGAUGAGGGACUCCCAGUCGUUCGACGCGACCCAGAGGCUCCAAUUCAGAAAGACAGGGCUUCUGGCACCGCACCUAAGACCUUGUCCGUCAAAGAUAUCAUUGAGCACUGCCAGAUGUCGGGUUAUGCUCUGAACUUCGUUUACGAUACCAGUGCUACCUCAGCUUUCCAGGUCCAGAUUGGCUCUGUUCUUAAUUCGUCAACUGGUGCUGCCGACUCCGUAUUCCAGGACCGCGUGGUGGCU